AUGGCACCUACAGCAGGAACGCGUCUUCGCUUCAAAAAUGCACGAUCAAAGAAGGUGCAGCACGUGAAGAAACUUCCGUCCCUCAAAAACCGCAUCCGAGGCCUUGAGCGCUUCCUCAGUCGUGGGGGAAUAGCUGACGCCACGCGACGAGCCAAGAAAGCAGAAUUGCAGCAACUUAAGGAAGAAUACGAGAAAAAGGACCAAGCUGCAGUGGAGAAGCAGAAUGCCGAAAAGUGCAAGCGACCGCGGUUUUUUGAGCGUGUGAAGGUCAUGCGGAAGUUGCGUCAGACGAAAAAGUGUAUCGAGCAGGUACAAAGUCAUUUCUGUAUCGUCAUCAGUGCAGUGAGAAAAAAGCUGUGA